AUGAGCGUCUUGAAUCCAAUGAAGUCUGAUAAGAUUGCGACCAUAGUCAAAGCUGCUGGUGUCGAGAUUGAGUCAUACUGGGCAAUGCUAUUCGCCAAGAUGGUUGAGAAGCGUAAAGUUACUGACCUCAUCAUGAAUGUGGGUGCCGGUGGCGGUGGAGGCGGUGCACCAGUUGCCGCCGCUGCACCCGCUGCUGCUGGAAGAGCUACAGCUGCUGACCUCAUCAUAAUUUCUACUUGCCAAUUUGAUCUUAAAAUGGAUUAA